AUGGCUCUGCUGGUGGCAGCAGUGCUGUUGGUGCUGGGUUUGGCCCUGGGGUCCGACUCGCUCUGCUCCCCCACCGCCUUCUACAAGGACUGCUGGAUCCGGCGCUUCCCAGGCCUCCUGGUGGACCUGCAGGAGUCACAGAGGAGGGGAGCCCAGGUGCUGAAGGUUUAUGCAGAAGUCUCACCCCAGCAGUGCAGCAGAACCUGCUGCCUUCUGAGGAAUGCUUCCUGCAAUCUAGCAGUGUUCUACCAUGGAGCCAUCCACGGGCACAUGAAUUGCCUGCACGUGUCCUGCCCAGCACUGGAAAGCUGCAUCCUGAAGGCUGGAAUGAAUGUCAUUUUGUACAACAUCACAACAGGGAUUGAUCCAGACCUCCUCGUUUUUGGAAAACCGACCUCCAAAGAGCCAAACAUUCACUCCCCACAGGGUGAGCACGAGAGGCAGAACAGCGCAGAGACCACCGAGGGGGAAAGGUGCCGACACCGCAAUGCCACGUCAGGGUCCCCUCUGCUCCAAGCUCCAGCCCCUACCACGAGCCGUGGCUCAGCAGCAAGCACUUACACCUCCAGCACAAGCCCCACGCUCCGAAAAAACCAAGUUACUGCUCAUCCCAGGGCAGAAACUUUUCCAGCAGGCGACCAGAGGACGAGCACAACUUCAGCGAGCCCCAGGCAAACCCCAGGCUCAGACAAGAAGGCUGAGGGCUCAGCUCCAACAGCCAGGGCUGCCGAUGGAGCAUCCCACAUGCCCACCCCUCCCCGCCUGAACAGCAGCAAGCAACACCUGAACGAAACCAAGGGCUACAGCGGCAGGAAUUCUACCCUGGAAAACGAGGCACCCGCCUGGGAAGCGUCGGCUUUGGGGGUCUGGUUGAUCCCUGCUGUUCUCUGCUCUUCUCUCCUCUGCCUCUGCUGCUGCACCGCUGCUCUCACCACGGGCCGCUGCAGCAACAGGAGAGGUCACUACAGGCCCCUAAGGAGGAGAACAAAAACGUCGAGACAAUCCGUAAAAUACGCUGCUGUCAGAAGCGGUUUGUAA